GUCAUGACAACAGUUGGUGUGAUUAUUCGAACAUUCAAUAUUAGUGAGUUCAGCAAAUAUUUGAACUUAAAUGAGCGUUCAAACCAACCUAAAAGAUGUUGGUUGGAUGUGUCAUGUUAUUCCAUUGAGGAAAAAUAAAGUGCAACAGUUAUCUCCCCCGAUUUCGCAAAUUCCAAGUAUUGGUUUUAUGCCUGAAGAAUCCAUCCACGAGAAAAAACAUACAAUGUAUCUCAAGUCGACUGACUCACCGUAUGUACGAUUAUCUAAAAUGGGUGGUAAGCGGGAUCUACUAUGUUUUAGAGAAAACGAAUACAAAUCUGGAGCACCCGUUCCUUAUUCUCGAUGCGAAUGGUAUUACUUGGAGGAUAAUGCUCUGGAACUUAAGCAGAAUAUCAAACCGGAAUCCACAAGAUAUGUGUUUAAAGUACCAUUCUACUUGUCAGAUAGCUCGGUACAUCAAAAAGAGAAGAGCAAGACUACAGAAACAGUUGUUGAUCCUGUACAACCUUCUGUAGUCACCAAAGAAAGUCAAAAUGUAUUUAAAACUGCUGCCACAUAAGUUCGGUUACGCAGAUUACAGCGGAAAGCUAAGAACAUUACGAAAUCGGGAAUUAUUAUUUCUUGAACAUAUCUUGUUAACUUACGAUGAUUAUUGUAGAUUAUAUAGUAAAUUUUGGUUUAUGUUUUGAAUCAAUGGGUGAUAAGCCCACAAUUUCGGUUUCUCCCUAGUUGAAAUUUUCAGUGUGGCAUGUAUACAACCUUGACGAAAUAUACUGACUCGGCUAAAGAAUAUUUGUGACGUGUAGGUCUACUGUUUCGAUAUUUGCAAGCUUUGAAAUGAAGGAAUGAAAACCAGCGGAUCGUAA